AUGGCCCUCCACAUAGGCUGCUCCCCAGUUCAGCCAACUGAACCUAACUGCUUCCCAUCAUCCUCACCGCCAUCCAGAGUCCCACCCUACGCGUUUGAUCAGAAUCAACUCAAUGCCAUCAUCCCUCGGUCUUCCCCUUCACUGCAUGCCCUUGCAUCAUUCAAUCUAGAUGCAUUCACACACUCUGCCACCCCAACCUUCUCGAUCGACACUCGCCCUGAUCAGCCACUGCAUGUGACCUGUGCAGCUACAAGUAGCAAGAACAAGAAAGACGAAGAUGUGUCUGGUUCUCAGGAAUGUGACUAUGAUAUUGAAGCUAUGGACCAUCGGAUCUCUGGUAAAUAUGGGUUUGAAUGGGACGUGAAGAAUGGCUAUGACCUCGAAUGGGUGUCAUUUGCUGAUUUCAAUGCCUGGCUUUUGAAAGAACAAAACUCUCAUGGGGUAGAGUUCACAGUCAAGGAGCACAAACCCAAUAAAGCCCCCCUGGAUCAACAAGUUUGGCACAUGAAGCACGUCUAUGUCUGUUCUCGCCAAGGAAGCGGUGGGAAAAAGAACUAUGAGUGCAAGACAAAUCACAGUCAUAAAAUCUCGCAUAAAUGA